CUGCCUAGUAUGAAGCGGAAUCGCAUUCAAUUUGAAGCCAAUGGCGAUCACUCGCCAACAUCCUUGCAGGAUGGCUUCACUCUGGAGGACAAUGGGAGGUCUACCCAGCAUGUUCCUAAGAUCUCGCGAAAGAUAAGAGCAUGUACCGAGUGUAAGCGGCACAAGGUGCGCUGCGAUAUGAAGAUUGGUGAGUCGGUAUGUUCGCGAUGUCGACGCAUGGGGUUGGAGUGCGUUGUAAACAAGAGUCUUCAAACUUUACUCGAGGACGAGGCCGAUUGGAAAUCUAUGAUCGAGUUGGCAAUGACGGACUUGCUUAGGAAAUCUCAACUGCCGGAGUUAUCUUACUAUCAAUCCGGCGGCGGGUCGAUCGAGACAUCAAAGAAACGGGGCCGACAAGAGUCAACAGCGUCAGUAGAUGAUGAGCAUAAUGGCAGGCACGAAUCUAUAGAUAAAGCAGCUGGUCUUGGAACUGGGUCUAGGGCAAAUUUCAAUUUUUCUCAGCAGCCGCAACAACAGCCACAAUAUUCCAUCGAUACUGAGGAAACAUCCGCAACCUCUUUGGUGACGGCUCCUAUGGGCAGUCUAUACGAGGUGACGCAGCUGAGUGAAAACCGCGAAAGCUCCCCGGGGCAAGCAUAUUCGCCAGAUGUCGCAUUAGUGACGGAUUUCAUCUCUCGGGGCGUGGUAGAUCUACAAGAAGCGGAAGAAUUGUUCUAUCACUUUGACCAGGUGCUGAACCGCUAUCUAUGGGAUGGAGUACUUUUAGCACACAAGGAUCUGACUUCGGUUCGGCGAUCAUCAUCUAUGCUACUGGCUGCUAUAUUAGCUGUGACAGCGCUUCAUAUGCCCACAAAGGAGCGCACGUUCGACACGUGCUAUACAGAGUUCGCAAAACUAGCAUCCGAAUCAAUGCUGGGAAAUCAUCAUAACAUGGACGAUAUUCGCGCCCUAUGUAUCGGAGCGUUUUGGCUUGCAGAUGUCAGUUGGAAAUUGUCUGGAUAUGCCGUGCGCAUUGCUACCGAACGUAACCUGCACCAAUUCUUUCGCAAAGCCAUACAGGGCUCACCUGAGCACCAGGAACAGGCAAGGCUAUGGUAUCUGCUAUAUACCCUUGAUCAUCAUUUUUCUAUUGCAUAUGGUCGGCCACCGAUCAUUCACGAGGACGCCAGUAUUCAACAACACAAUAUGUUCACGCAAACACCAUCUGUAUCCCAAGGAGAUCUUAGACUACAUAGUCAAGUGGAUUUGUUUAUCAUUCUUACCCAAAGCUACUUCGCAUUUGGUCCAGAUGUCGACCUCGAGGUUCCCGAAAGCGCAUUUCCAAAGAUAGAUGCGUUUGAUGAGGACCUAAAGGAUUGGAAAUCAACAUGGCUGCCUCGUCUUGCUGGGAGCCGACACGUCGGUGCGUAUCCCUAUAAAGCUGUCAACAUGCAUUAUCAUUUCUCUCGGUUGCAAUUGCACUCAGUAGCUUUGCGUACCUACCACUCCUCGACCUCAUCACGUGUAAUGUCACCCGAGCGCAGGAAAAGAGCGAAUAUCGCCAUCGAAUCAGCAAUCGCGACUCUCCAGGUUGUUCUAGAUGAGCGAGAUAUUCAGCGAGCAUUGGUCGGCGUCCCACUAUAUCUCCACAGUAUGAUAGCAUUUGCGGCAGUAUUCCUGCUGAAGAUCGCAGCCAAGUCAUGCUCGAACAGAUCGAGCACUGGAGACCAGGGUCAAAAAACAUCAAUUGCCUCCGCGGGUUUAAUAGUCGACAUACACUACGUAAGUAUUCUAGUCGGACAAAUUGCCGAGAUGAUGGAAUCAUGUAGCCAGCGGGCAAGCAAGCGUCAUCUCAGCCAUCACAUUGCCCGUGGUCUACGAAGGAUGCUGACCGGGCUGGAGGAGUGGGAGAAGCGGAACUGUACACAGCACGCCAUCGGCUCGAGCCCGCAAGAAUAUAAUUCGAUUUUCAAGCCUAUCAUCAUCCCUGGAGCUCAGAUCUUGGGGGAGCGUGACACUAUCCUUAACCAUCCGCCGCCAUUACUCGGGGUAGCGCCGCUGUCUGCUGAACGCAGCAAUGGCUUUGAGAAUACAGCAGGCAAACAUGAGCCAGGACUGCCGGAGGAUUCAAUAGACCCGUUGAUGACAGACCUGUGGCGAUUUGACGAUGAUUUCUUUCCCACGGGCGUGUUUGAUUUCCUUCAAAGCCAGAUGCCGGCAUAA